AUUUACUUUCUGUGAACUGGCGUGGUGAAUGAGUGUUCCUGAAACAGGCUAACUAGCAGACCCUGUUCGGAGGCCGUCUUUCCAGCGAGGCCAUGGCAGAUUUUUCGCUUGCUGAUGCCAUCCCAGAUGAUGUUACUGGUGAGGUAUCUAAAACAGGGAACACCAGACCCUCUGCGCCUGGUGGAAGUGCUCCACCAGCAACUAACCCAGGAUGGCCUGGGGCUGCCCCUGGAGGCCCAGUGCAGCCCUCAGCUCCUGGAGGCUUCCCUGGUGGCCCCCAGUCAGGUCCAGGGGCUCCUAGCCCAUUCCCCGGCGGUCCACCCAAUGCAGGACAUUUCCCUUCUGGCCCUGGAGCACCGUAUCCUGGAGCUCCAAGUGCCCCAGGUGGGUAUCCGCCUGGACCUGGGGUGCCAGCACAGUUCCCCUCCAGCCCUGGUGCCCCUGGACAGUUCCCGCCAAUGCCUGGUCAGUACCCACCAGGAGUAGGUGGCCCUGAACAGUUCCCAGGUGGGGCGCCCAUGCCAUAUCCAUCGGGACAGUUUCCCCCGACUCCGGGAGGACCGCCAGGCUCCUGCCCUAAUGUGCCUUACCCGGGAGGACCUCCUGGACCUGGGAUGUUUGGACCAGGAGGCAUUGGUGCCUUUCCUCCUGCGCCAGGUCAUGGUCCUGGGUUUGCAGGUGCAGCCUUCCCCCCUGUCCCUCCAGGUUCAUGGGGUGCGCCUAGUGGAGGCUUCCCUCCACAACCAGGUCCUCCUGGUGGAUACGGUCCGGGUCCAAUGGGGCCGUUCGGAGGGCCCGGUGCUCCUGGAGGCAUGUUGACAGUGCCAUACGAACUGCCUCUCCAUGCUGGCAUAAUGCCACGCCUUUUGAUCACCAUAGUGGGGGAACCAGUCCCUGGAGGAGAAAGGUUCAAUGUAGAUUUUGUGAAAGGCCCAGAUGUGGUUUUCCAUUUCAACCCUCGUUUCCAUGAACAGACAGUUGUCCGAAACUCUAACUUAGGAGGCUACUGGGGACCAGAAGAGAGAGAAGGAGGUUUCCCCUUUGUCCAGGGAAGACAAUUUGAGCUGAAGAUCCUGGUGGAGCAGGAUAUGUUCAAGGUUGCUGUGGAUGGAGUGCAUUUGCUGGAGUAUGAGCACAGAGUCGGGGGGCUGGAAGAAGUCACACUUUUGCGUGUGGCGGGAGACGUCAAUCUCUACAGUGUGGCCCCAAGCAUGAUCUAACACACACACACACACACACACACACAGACAGACCACUGAAUUCUACCAGACCUUUCACCCACAACAAAAGAAGCACCAUGUUUUUAAUACGUAUAGAUCAAAUUGUCCUGUACAACUUUUCCUCUUCUGGGUUCCAAUUAAAAGAAAUUGGGCUUAAUCAAGAUAUUUUGCACCUCUGAUGCAGAUAUGCUCUGCAGUAGGGGUCAUUAACCUGUCUAUACUGUCUAGACUGAUGCCAAUAAGAGUGUCUUCCCCUCCACCAGCACCUGAAACUUUCACUCGGUCUUCACAUCUAUGUCAUGCAGAUGAAUUGGCAUGCUCUGAAGUGCAAGCACAGGGAAACUCAUCCACUUGUGGCAAUUAGGAAUUUUAGAGCCCCUGUAUCAGAGGUCAACGAACCUUCUGAAAGGCCACAUGGCACGAGGGGUUUUGAUCCAACGCAACACAAGCGUAUCCUGCUUCAUCUAAUAAAGGCUCUCAGGAGCUGCAGAAAGGAGGAAUGUGUUGGAUUAAGAUGUGAACAAAGUUCCACAAGAGCGUGGUGUUCCUACCCCUGUUCAGCAUCACAUAACAGUGCCCAUGGCUGACUGCAUGACUAUAGCGUUGGGCCGUUAAAAUAAAAGGGCCUUAAAAUUUCAAUUUUUGUUCCCUGUCCUUUUUCCCCUCACAGUGUUAGUAGUUCAUUAAUAUUAGCGUGGCUCAGUCUUUGACCCCAAACAUUAUGCAUGUUUACCAAGAAAUAGCAGAUCAUAAGAUAGAACUGAUUCAUUAUGUUAAGAGCAGUGUAAAUUUAAAUUAAUACAGAAUGGUUACCCUGUGCAUGAUCCUAUGCUGUUUCACCAAAAUAUAACACCAUAGAAAUAUAUGGUGAUGAAGUGAAUUGCUUGAUUUUGAUUUAUAGUCUAAUGGAUUUCCCUUUUUACUGAAGCAAAUCUAUCUUCAUAGUUAUAGCAGAAAACCAUAUGCUGUUAUCUUUUUUCCUGACCUCUUGUAAGCAGUGUUUAAUAUUUUUUAAACAUUUUUUGUGAAAUAGAAUCACAGCUGUCGAUAUGACUUCUUGAUUUCACUGCAUUGAUACAUGUCAUAAACUGAAAUUAGUGGACAAUAGAGAAUGUUUGCCAAAGACAGUCAAAUGAGUUAGGAUUUGUUUUGA